AUGAGAAACCGAAAGAGUAAAAUCCUACCACGUUAUUAUGUUAUCUACUUAGUUUUGCUUGUUUUCCAAGUCACCGGCCAGCCGCAGCCUGGAGCCAUUGGUCCAUAUGGUCGCCAAUUAAGACCAAACCAAGUACCAGCGGUAAUCAUUGGGAUGCUUAUAUUUUCGCUCUUAUUCAGCAUGAUCGCUUGCUGCGUUUGCUAUAAAUACAGAAGCAUGUCUCCGCGUGGAACAAACUCUGAUACCGAUGAAGAAGGUCGUGGAGGAGUACCGUGGACAAGGAGGACAAGCCGUGGGGUUGAAAAGGAUGUCAUAAUGUCGUUCCCUUCCUUUCUUUACUCACAAGUUAAAGGGUUAAAGAUAGGCAAAGGUGGUGUGGAAUGUGCUAUCUGCCUUAACGAGUUUGAUGAUGGGGAAGAGUUGCGUUUGAUGCCUGGUUGCAGCCAUGCAUUUCAUGCUCCUUGCAUCGAUGUCUGGCUCUCUUCUCGCUCCACAUGUCCCGUCUGCCGCGACAAUCUCGCUCCCAAACCGGGCACUACUAUUUAUCCAUUUAUACGACCACGCACCAAUCAAGAUAUGGAUCUUGAAAUGGCAAACGCACGAAGAAGUGUAUUGGAAUCUCAAGAUGUACGUUUGUUAGAUGGAUUGACAAGGAGCAAUAACAACAGGGCAAACAGACUACCUCGACCGAGGUCUACAGGGUCAUCAAACUGGCAAAUAACUGAGAUAUUAGUCCCAAGAUCUCACUCGACGGGGCACUCUCUGAUUCCCUUACGAGAAAAUCUAGACAGAUUUACACUGCAGUUACCAGAAGAACUAAGGAGACAGUUGAGCCAGAGGACGUUACCUCAAGCCAGGAGUUCAAGGCAAGGAUAUAGGAGUGGCAGCGUUGGGAGCCAGAGGAGGGGUAUUCCUCAUGGACGCGGAUAUAAUCAUCGCACCAUUUCUCUUUCUUUCUCUUUCUCGUUUCAGUCUGCCUCUCUCCAGUCAGAAAAAGGCAAGGACAAAGAGUUUGGAGAAGGGUCAUUUGAACGCCUUAGGCCAGAGAUGCCCCUAUCUUAA